UGUGGGCCGGCCUGGGUCAUCGCAGGGCCGGCCCUCUUUUACUGUUAACAUUGCUGUCGUGGGCCGCCGAGCUGCCACUCCAUUCGCCCCUACGUUAAUCCAGCCCUGAGCAUGAGACAGCUAAGGUCUGUGAUUGGCUGCCAGUCAUAUGGAUAUAUAGACAACCAGAGGGAAUGUAUAUCUAUCCACGUAGGCCAAGCAGGUGUUCAGAUGGGAAACUCCUGUUGGGAGUUGUAUUGCUUAGAACAUGGAAUCCAACCAGAUGGUGUUGUAGCAAGUGACAAGAUUAUACAAGUAGCGGACUCAUCAUUUGGCACCUUCUUCAGUGAGACAGGAUCAGGAAAGCAUGUGCCAAGAGCUGUGUUUGUUGACUUGGAAGAAACUGUCAUAGAUGAGACAAGAACUGGACUAUAUCGGUGCUUGUUCCAUCCAGAGCAACUUAUUACAGGAAAGGAAGAUGCUGCUAACAACUAUGCUCGUGGGCACUACACAAUUGGAAAGGAAUUAAUAGAUACAGUGCUGGACAAAGUCCGAAAGCUGUCUGACCAGUGCUCUGGCCUUCAAGGAUUUUUGGUAUUUCACAGUUUUGGAGGUGGCACAGGAUCUGGCUUUACUUCACUAUUGAUGGAGCGUCUAUCUGUUGACUAUGGGAAAAAAUCAAAGCUUGAGUUUUCAGUGUAUCCUGCCCCCAGGAUCUCUACUGCUGUGGUGGAACCUUACAAUUCUAUUCUGACAACCCACACAACUCUGGAGCACUCAGAUUGUGCCUUUAUGGUGGACAAUGAGGCGAUCUAUGAUAUCUGUAACCGUAAUCUGGACAUUGAGCGUCCAUCUUAUACUAACCUUAACAGAUUAAUUGCCCAAAUAGUUUCCUCUAUUACAGCCUCUCUGAGGUUUGAUGGUGCGUUGAAUGUUGACUUAACAGAGUUCCAAACUAACUUGGUGCCCUAUCCUAGAAUACACUUCCCACUAGUAACUUACUCCCCCAUUAUAUCAGCAGAGAAGGCUUACCACGAACAACUGUCUGUCCCAGAGAUUACAAACGCUUGUUUUGAAUUCUCAAAUCAGAUGGUUAAAUGUGACCCCAGACGUGGUAAAUAUAUGGCCUGCUGCUUGUUAUACAGGGGUGAUGUGGUGCCCAAAGAUGUAAAUGCCGCAAUAGCUGCUAUUAAAACCAGGCGGUCAAUCCAGUUUGUUGACUGGUGUCCUACUGGAUUUAAGGUGGGAAUAAACUACCAGCCUCCCACUGCAGUUCCAGGAGGGGAUGUGGCUAAAGUUCAACGUGCAGUAUGUAUGCUGAGUAAUACAACAGCAAUUGCAGAGGCCUGGGCCAGGCUGGACCAUAAAUUUGAUCUCAUGUAUUCUAAGAGGGCAUUUGUUCACUGGUACGUGGGAGAGGGAAUGGAGGAAGGAGAAUUCUCUGAAGCAAGAGAGGAUAUGGCUGCUCUAGAAAAGGACUAUGAAGAGGUGGGGACAGAGUCUGGUAAUGGUGGAGAGGAAGAGGAUGAUGAAUUCUGAACAUCUUUAGCCUACUGGCCACAUUGUUCAGUCUAUAUGUUGUACAGAUUUAUCUUAAAUAUUUAAGUGCUCAAUUAUAGUGAUUGAAGAUUAACAAUGGUUCUGAUAGCCCCUGUUAAAUAAAGUGAAACCCUACUAAGGAUCUAAAA